CUCAAACAAGUUUCUGAAGAAGAGAUAGAGAGAGAGAGAGAGAGUUUGAGGAGAGAGUAAGCGACCAGAGAGGAGAGAGAGAUUAUUAAGUAUUAAACAGAUAGUACGUAGUUAAUUUACUUACUAAUCAUGGCGGGUUUUAUCGAUGGGAAAUGGGCACCGAUGAUAACGGGUGUUUUCAUUAACAUCAUUUUGGGAAUGGUUAACGCUUUGGUUAAGAAAGUUCUUGAUGGAGGCAUUAAUCAUAUGGUUAUUGCUACCUAUCGUUUGGGCAUUUCCACUGUUUUUCUUAUUCCAAUCGCUUACUUUUGGGAACGGAAAACAAGACCAAAGCUAACCAUAAGCAUCUCAUGUCAGCUUUUCGUCAGUGCCCUUUUUGGGGCGAGCUUGAUGCAAUAUUUCUACUUGCUUGGACUCUCCUACACUUCUGCGACGUUGGGAUCUGCUUUCUGGGCCAUAAUGCCUUCCCUCACUUUCGUUAUGGCUUUACUAUUUGGGUUCGAAAAGCUAAACUUGAGAACCAAAGUAGGACACGGCGUCGUUCUUGGAACUUUGAUAAGCUUAGUAGGAGCUUUACUUCUUACUAUGUAUGAAGGCAUCCCAUUAACACACUCUCAACCACAAGCAACGGUGUCAAACAACCACACAGGGCAUGAGAACUGGAUCAAAGGUUGUUUAUUUUUGUUGACAGGAGUUGUACUUUUUAGUUCUUGGAUGCUUAUACAAGCCAAAAUCAACACGAAUUACCCUUCUCCAUACUCGAGUACCGUUAUUUUGUCGGUCUUUGGUACGCUUCAGUGUGCCCUUCUUAGUCUGAUCAAGACUAGACAUGUUGACGAUUGGAUCCUCAGAGACGAGCUUACCAUUAUAACCGUCGUUAUAGCGGGUGUGGUUGCACAAGGAAUGUGUACAGUAGGCAUAUCGUGGUGUAUCAAACAACAAGGACCUGUCUUUUCCUCAGCAUUUAGUCCUGUCGUGCUUAUGUCUGCUACCUUGUUCGAUUUCUUGAUUCUUCAUCGUGUGAUUUAUUUGGGAAGCGUUAUCGGAUCUGUGGUGGUUGUGAUCGGUUUAUACAUAUUUUUAUGGAGUAGGGGUAAGCAAAUAGAGGAGUGUAAGACCAUGAAGUUGCCUACCAAUACGGUGGACGAAGAAAAGGAAGAGGAAGGCCGUACAAAUGUUAACAGAGGCCAACUUUUGGUUAUACCAAUGACCCCUUGAUCUACUUUCCUAAUCACUAUUGUCCAACAAGAAGGAUCGAUAUCUCUUAAAGAAUUUAAAUAUGAAGAGGGGACGAUAAUGAUAGUUUGAUUGUUUAUUGGACUAUUUCAUGACUUCUGUUGCAACUUUAAUUUUUUUGGAUUUUAAAAUUCCUACAGGCUUCAUUUGGAUAUUGUAAUUUGUUUAUAUGAAUAAACUCUAUCAAAUAUGACCUAAUUAAUUGACUGA